AUGUUCAAGAGCUGCUUCUCGAACUCCCUGCAGAACUAUGGCUUGCAUGAUCCGCUCCUGACGGAACUCGGCCUGGAGCAGUGCGCCAAACUCAAGGAAAACCUCAAGGCCAGAUUUUUGAUUGAAAAGGGCGUCCCCAUCACCGCGGACGCGACAUGGCAAGCCCGCGGCCGCGCGUGCGUGCGCGCCCUCUACCGCCGGCCCGAGAAAUGGGUCAUUGUCGUGUCCCACUCCGGUUUUCUCCGCACCUCGGUCUCCGGCUGGUGGUUUUUCAACGGCGACUACCGCAUCUUUGACUUUGCCGACGGCCAAGGCGCUGACCUCGAAGACGACUGGGCCGAGGGUCCAGUGCCCAAAUUGGUGCAGUGGGAGUCGACCAUAGCCGGCGGCCUGGGAUGGUCACGCACCCAGCCUGUGACUCUUGGAGAAGGACUCCCCGAGGAUGGAAGCCAGCCUGCCGUGGUCACCUAG